GGUACUUUUUAUACUUCAUUAUGUGAAUUCACAUGUAAAGAUUAGUUCAAGGUUGAGUGUAGAUAAGAUUUUGUUUUGUAAAUUGUUGAAAAGACCGAUGAUAAGAAUCAUGUAGUUAAAAAGCAGUGUUUGUUAUUGUUUGUCUCAAUUUUACCUCAAAAUGAAAGACUUAAAGUCGCUCAAUAAAACCGAGUUUGCAGAAUUUUUGAAUUCUUUUGAUCGGAUUUUAUCCGAUAUUGAUGGCGUAUUAUGGCUCUCGCUCGAAAGCAUCCCUGGAACACAAGCAGCAAUAAAAUCGUUAAAAACUAAAUUAAACAAAGAAAUAAUUUUCGUUUCAAAUAAUUGCACGAAAAGUCACGAUUUCUACUUGAACCAACUUAGAACUGCUGGUUUUGAUAUCGAAAAGGAGAAUUUAGUGACUCCAGCCCUUGCUAUGAUUUCCUAUUUGAAAAAACACAAAUUUGAUAAAGAAAUCUACCUUAUUGGAAUGACUUGUUUGAAGCAAGAUUUCGAAAAAUCGGGCUUGAAAAUCGCUGAAUCUGCGCCGGAUCGUAUCAAAGAAACACUUCAAGACCUCGCCCUUCAUGCAAUCGGAGACAAUGAAAAAGUUGGUGCUGUAAUAGCAGAUGCUGAUAUAAAUUUAAAUUAUGUAAAAUUGCAAAAAGCUGCUACUUUUUUAAAACGUUCCGAUGUGAUUUUUAUCACAGGAGCUACCGAUACUAAGCUUCCAGUUGGGCGAAAUAAUGUACUCAUAGGGCCUGGAUAUUUUCACAAAAUUUUGGAAGAUUUAACUGGAAGGAAGCCACUUCCGAUGGCCAAGCCUAGUGUGCUUUUAAAUGAAUUCAUUGUUGAGAAAUUUGGGUUUAAAGAAAAGGUUUUGUUUAUUGGGGAUUCGGUUAUUGAGGAUAUGGGUUUUGCGACGAAAUGUGGAUACAAAAAAUUACUAGUUUUGAGUGGUUUGACUAAAAAUGAAGUGUUGGAGGAUUGGAAAUACCCUCAAGAGUACCAACCUGAUUUUUAUGUGGAUAGUUUAAAGAGUGUUGAGGAUUUAAUUCAACGCCAUUUUGAUGAUAAUAACAAAUUGUAAAUGCUGUGCAAAUUUAUUUUGUAUUAAAUUUUUCAACGUA